AUGAUCCACGCAGUCCUCAUAUUCAACACAGCAGGCAAGCCCCGCCUAUCUAAGUUCUACACCCCCCUCUCCCCCCUCGUCCAGCAAUCCCUCAUCUCCCAGAUCUUCUCACUGAUCUCCGACCGUCCAGCCGGAGUAUGCAACUUUCUCGAUGCGCCUGAUCUCGUUUUCCCCACACCGGGCUCUAGCGGGAGUGACCCGAGUGGGAAGGGAAAGGGAAAGCAGGGGGAUCUGGAUUUGGGGAGGAGGGAGGAUGAGGCAAGGGUGAUUUAUCGGCACUAUGCGACGCUGUACUUUGUCUUCGUUGUGGAUGAGGCUGAAUCGGAGCUCGGUAUCUUGGAUCUGAUCCAGGUCUUUGUCGAGUCGCUCGACCGGUCAUUCGAGAACGUAUGCGAGCUCGACCUGAUCUUCCACUUUGACGAAGUACACCACGUCCUGUCCGAGAUAAUACAAGGCGGACUGGUACUAGAGACCAAUAUCAACGAGAUCAGCCAAUGUGUCCAAGCAUCAAGCAGGAACAGAAAAGCCUCAGCAGCGUCCGCCAGCCCGCUCAUCCCCUCUGCGUUCGGGGGGCAGAAGGGCGGUCGAGGCGGAGGCGGAGGUGGAGGAGCCUUUGGAAGAGGAGGAAGUGCGGAUGGGCCGAGGAAAUGGCUAGCUGCUAUUGGUGUAUAG